GUGAGAGCCAAUUAGAGCUGAUCAGCAACAGCUGUGUCACCAGCAUGAUGGGCUUUUUAACCCUCACAUGUGGCACAGGUAGCAUUUCCUCUUGGUGACUGAAGCAAUGGGAGCUGUUCAGGUCUUGUUUAUUUGUGUGAUGACUGUUUGUCUUGCCAAAGGCUCUUGUUUACCAGUUGGUGGCCUAAAUGAAAGACAGGAUGAUGCUCUACAGAGGAGAACAAGAGUACAACCGGGAUCCACUGAAGUGGAAGCUGAGACAUCACUUGUCCAACUGAGCCAAAAAAAUACUCUGAACACAGGCCACUUCAAACUGAUGAUGGUCUAUGCGUCCAAGAACAAACCAAAGAUCAGCCUGACCACCAGUGCUUCUCUGCUGGCCAGCGAGACCCCCAGCACCCCCCUGCUAGCCAACAAGAUGACAUCGUCCAGUGCCUUUCAGCUAGUUAGCAAAACUCCACCAGCCAGGGAGAGCACACGUGCCCCCCUGCCGGCCAGGGAGACCCCCAGCAAGAUCCCCAGUGCCCAGGUGCCGGUCAGUGAGGCCCCACCGGCCAGGGAGAGCACCCAAGCCCCACUGCUGGCCAACAGGACAACGCCAGCUAGCGCCCGCCUGCUGGUCAGUAAUACCCCACCAGCCAGGGAGAGCACCCAAGCCCCAGUGCUGGCCAGCGAGACCCCACUGGCCAGGGAGACCCCCAGCAAGAUCCCCAGUGCCCGCCUGCUGGUCAGCGAGACCACACCGGCCAGGGAGAGCACGCAAGCCCCAGUGCUGGCCAAAAGGACAACGCCAGGUAGCGCCCGCCUGCUGGUCAGCGAGACCACACCGGCCAGGGAGAGCACGCAAGCCCCAGUGCUGGCCAAAAGGACAACGCCAGCUAGCGCCCGCCUGCUGGUCAGCGAGACCCCACCGGCCAGGGAGAGCACGCAAGCCCCAGUGCUGGCCAAAAGGACAACGCCAGGUAGCGCCCGCCUGCUGGUCAGCGAGACCCCACCGGCCAGGGAGAGCACGCAAGCCCCAGUGCUGGCCAACAGGACAACGCCAGGUAGCGCCCGCCUGCUGGCCAGCGAGACCCCACCGGCCAGGGAGAGCACGCAAGCCCCAGUGCUGGCCAACAGGACAACGCCAGGUAGCGCCCGCCUGCUGGCCAGCGAGACCCCACCGGCCAGGGAGAGCACGCAAGCCCCAGUGCUGGCCAACAGGACAACGCCAGCUAGCGCCCGCCUGCUGGUCAGCGAGACCCCACCGGCCAGGGAGAGCACGCAAGCCCCAGUGCUGGCCAACAGGACAACGCCAGCUAGCGCCCGCCUGCUGGUCAGCGAGACCCCACCGGCCAGGGAGAGCACGCAAGCCCCAGUGCUGGCCAACAGGACAACGCCAGCUAGCGCCCGCCUGCUGGUCAGCGAGACCCCACCGGCCAGGGAGAGCACGCAAGCCCCAGUGCUGGCCAACAGGACAACGCCAGCUAGCGCCCGCCUGCUGGCCAGCGAGACCCCACCGGCCAGGGAGAGCACGCAAGCCCCAGUGCUGGCCAACAGGACAACGCCAGCUAGCGCCCGCCUGCUGGUCAGCGAGACCCCACCGGCCAGGGAGAGCACGCAAGCCCCAGUGCUGGCCAGCGAGACCCCACCGGCCAGCGAGACCACCAGCGCCCCGGUGCCGGCCAGCGAGACCACCAGCGCCCCGGUGCCGGCCAGCGAGACCACCAGCGCCCCGGUGCCGGCCAACAGGACAACGCCAGCUAGCGCCCCGGUGCCGGCCAGCGAGACCCCACCGGCCAGCGAGACCACCAGCGCCCCGGUGCCGGCCAGCGAGACCCCACCGGCCAGCGAGACCACCAGCGCCCCGGUGCCGGCCAGCGAGACCCCACCGGCCAGCGAGACCACCAGCGCCCCGGUGCCGGCCAGCGAGACCCCACCGGCCAGCGAGACCACCAGCGCCCCGGUGCCGGCCAGCGAGACCCCACCGGCCAGCGAGACCACCAGCGCCCCCGUGCCGGCCAACAGGACAACGCCAGCUAGCAUCGGCCUGCUGGCCAGCGAGACCCCACCGGCCAGGGAGAGCACCCAAGCCCCAGUGCCGGCCAGAGUGUCCCCCUGUGCCCCCCUGCUGGCCAGCAAGACCUCCAGCACCCCUAUGCUGGCCAGCGGGACAACGCCGUCUAGCGCCCGCCUGCUGGUCAGUAAUACCCCACUGGCCAGGGAGACCCCCAGCGCCCCACCACUAACCAGCAAGACCCCACUGUCUAGCGCCCCAGUGUCGGCCAGCGAGACCCCGCCAGCCUUCCUACCCCCCAACAACACGAUGCCUUCCAAUGCCCCCCUGCUGACCAACAAGACCCCACUGGCCAGGGAGACCCCCACCCCUGUGCUGGCCAGCGAGACAACGCUGUCCAGCGCCCUUCUUCUGGAAAGCGAGACCCCCAGCGCCCCUCCAUCGGCUGGCAAGACCUCUCCAGCAAAUUCUUAAAACAGUGUGUGGAAGUCUGGAGAAGCUGGAACAUCACCAUUUCUUAAUGCCAAAUAUUCAAUCAAAUGUCGUCUGUCUCUCGGAGCAACUGGAAACCAAUGAAUUGGAAGUUGAAGCAUGAGCCUUGUUUUUGUUUUUUAAAAACAAAAAACCCUGAAAGCAGACCAUUCAGAACUGCUUAACCUCUACGCAGCCAAUAACCUAAAGUCCAACCUGAUGGCCAGCGUAACCCUGAGCCCCAUUAAGAACCCAGCUACACCCUUGCCAGCCAGCAAGACCCUUGCAGACAACCCAAGCCAGCGCCUCCAUGCAGUGGUGAGACCCCCAUAUUAAGAGGCAGUUAAACGUAUGGGACUAAGUUUAAGGAACCAUGCAACUAAGGUGUUUAUGCAACUUCAAUAAAAACUAUUAACUUGA